GGGCGUGGCUUUCCAGCGGAGCCCCGCCCCCUCGUCCACGGCUCCUCUCUCAGAGCGGAGUCUCUUCCUUCAAAGGCCGGGCGUGCGGGCGCAGCAUGGUGGGCGCGGGAGGAUGUCGGCGUGGGAGUGCGACGGGCGCCCUGCGCGGCGGACUCAGUGGCUGGUGAGCGCGCUGGCCUCGAACUUCGGCCUGGGCGGCGGCGGCGGAGGCGGCGUGGAGAACGAGGUGGUGGUGCUGGCCACGGGCCUGGACCAGUACCUGCAGGAGGUCUUCCACCACCUGGACGGAGACGGGCAGGGCCGGCUGCCCCGCGAGGACUUCCGCGCCCUCUGCCGGGUCCUGGGACUUCGGGAUGGAGCCGACGAGGAGGACGAGGGAGAGGAGGAGAACGAUGAAGAAGAGGAGGAGGAGGAGGGCCGUGGCCUGUGCCGCCGCCUGCCCCCGGAGCUGACCUUCCGCGAGUUCCACUCGCGGCUCUGCGGCUACUUCGGCGCCAAGGCCCCCGGGGGAGGGCGGGUGGCGCGGCUGCCGGUGGGCGCGGAGACGGAGCACAUCGAGACCCAGAUCCGGCUCCGGAGCCCCUUCCGACGGCGGAAGAAGGAGGCGGCAGCCAAGGCCAAGCCGCCCCCCUCGUCGUCGUCCUCUUCCUCCUCCUCCUCGUCGUCGUCGCCGUCUUCCCCGCCGCGGAGGGGUUCCUGCUCGAGGGAGUGCUACGAGGAGAUCGUGGCCCUGGAGCAGGCCGAGGACCGCAUCCUCAAGCUGGAGGAGGAGAACGCAAGCCUCCGGGAGCUGGUCGAGGACAUGCGCGCCGCCCUCCAGAGCAGCGACGCCCGAGCACUCGCCCUCCAGGUGGGAUUAUGGAAGACCCAUGCUAGCCAUAAGAAAAAUGGGACGUGUUUUAUAGGCAGCAGGAGAGAAUUAACUAACCUCCAGUCCCAGACUUCCAAGUGCCUUCAGAGUGUUCUAAAAGAGGUCGAACUACUCCGGAGUUCCAGGGAUGAACAAAUUGAAGAAGCCAUUAGGUUUAAUCAAGAACUGGAAAAAGAACUGAGGAAUUCUCAUGAAGCUGUUGUUGCCCUAGAAGACUGCAACCGCAUCCUAAAGAGGGAGCAAGCAGAAAUGAGGAAGAAGGUUGAAGAAGCAAGACAUGCCGUCCUUAACAGCCUUGGGAAAGUAAAAGAGCUAGAAGAUAAAGCCCACAAAGUGCCACAGUUGCAGACAUAUAUCCAGCAGCUAGAAUCACAGCUACAGUAUUAUAGGUUGGAGGCCUUAAAGCUCCAGAUUCCACCACAGGGAAGCCCAGAGAAGAAAACAACUGCAGCAAUUGAUGGACAAUAUGCCUUAUCAGUUGUACAGCAAAACCGAAGUUCACCAACUGGUGGUGCAGGAAUGUCAGAGAAUGUGGAAGACCAGAUGUUUCGUUCUGUGGAAGGUCAGGCUGCAUCGGAUGAAGAGGAAGAGAAAUGGACAGGAAACCAACAGUGUCAACUUGCUGAAGUGAAGAAACUCCUUGCCAGACUUCCUUGUUGCAAUAAUGGAUGUGAUGACACAGUGAUGAAGAAGCUGAUAUAUCACUUUGAGAACGCCAGCAAGGAAGGCCAUGAGAACACCAUUGUGGAAUUAGUCAAGCAGUUGUCAGUGUUAACAGAACAGCUUGAAGUGAAAGGGCAGGAAGUAAAAAUACUGGAAACAAAUAUGGAAAAGGAUUGUUCAUCAGUGACAAGGAAAGACAGAGAAACUGUUGGAAAGAAUUGCUACAAUCUUCAAGCAGCUUGUUUAGUCAAUGUCUAGAUUCCGGUCCAUUCCUCAAAGCCACGGUGUGUUACAAAGGCUGGCUUGAAAAGUCACCUCGGCCAUAGGAUAUGUGAUUUUUCCAAGAUAGCCUUCUCCAAACACCUUGGUCCUAAGGAUCCCUGUAGGAGGCAAGCAUUUGAGAAAUAGCCUUCUUCAAGCUGGCAGGCUUCGCUUUCCAAUCAUAUUUUUGUUGAUUUUGUAAAUUUCUGACUUCCUCCCUAUUAACAAGACUAUAAAGAAGGUCUUCUUUUAUGACUUGAAAUGUGUGCCCAUUAGGUAUUUCUGGACUCCAGCUGCUUUCAUCUCAGCCAGCAAGUCUAAUGUUCAGAGAUGAUGGGAGUUACAAUCCAAUGUUUGGAAGGUCACAGGUUUCCUGCAUGCUCUACAUCUCGCUGUUGAGAGUGCUUAAAUGGAACUUUCUCGAUGCUGUCUACUGAUCAAUGAAAAGAUGUGGAUGUAUGUGUGUGUUUAUAAGGAGAAAGGGGAGGGAAGACUUGUAUUCUGAGAGUGUAGAUAAUAUGUUAUUUUCUCUGGCAGGAAUUAUACUAAGCAACAGAGAAACAUAAAGCUCUGCCAACAUAAAUGUCCAGGGAUGUUUUGGGGAGGGAGGUAACUAUAGUGUUAAUGAGGCAGAACGGCAUCUGAGAAAGGGAUUCCAAAGUGCUUCUGUGCAGAGAAGGGGAUGUGCAAAUUGCAAGAAAGAAGCUUUGAGUUUCCUUGUGGAGAGAAAAAGCAGGAUAUAAUAAACAUAAUAAUUACUUCUACAUAACUCCCCAAUAAGACUCCAGCCUCCAUUCCUUUUUUAUUAAAAUGCAGUAAGACACUCCCUCUGAGGACUGUUUAAGUUUUGGAGAAAGCUCAUGGUUCUGUGGGAAAUGCACAAAGGCAAACAUCUUGACUUCCACUGCAGAUUCUAAUUUUCUUUCCUCUUAAGUCUGCCCAAGUUUUAAGAGAGGACAUCACCCAACCUGUUGUUCCAUCCUUUUUGUGUCCACUGCUGUUUUGAAGCUAAAUUCAUGUUCAGCUUCAAUUUCUUUUGUUAGUAGAAAUUACAGGCUGACUGUCACUGGGUGGUUUGGUGAAAUGGCACCUUGGUGGUGUGGGCUUGUUAUUUGUACAUCCAAAAAUCAUAUGUUGAAAGUCAGUGCAGAGAAAGGAAACAAAAUAGAACUUGCGUCAGCUGCAGGCAGGUCAAGAGUAAUAGCCCCAUGUAUGGAUCAAUAAUUGAUCCAAUCUAAAAGUACAAAGGCCAGGAGAUGAAAAGGACUGUUGACUUUGAUUCCUUUUUGAGUGUGUUCCAGUCUGUAGCCACGGUAAAUUCAGAGGGACAUCUUCCAAAGAAAGCUUAAUGAAGGUGUCAGAUCAUAAAUGAUAGAUUGAAGAAAACAUUACUAAAUCCUAAAGCUAAGUUGAUAGUUUAUCAAGUUUGAAUCUAUAAAAUGUUGUUAGUGAAGCUGGGCCUAACACAUGACCUUUUCUGGACAAAUUAAUCAAAAAGUACAGUUACUUUCAUCUACUAAAAAGAUGUUUUGUCUUUCCCUUUACAUAGGGAGUUAGCCACUAAGAUUUACACACAGGGUCAUUAAACUGUUCUUUCAUACACCUCUGUGUGGACACUGACCAAGGAGCAACAAUUAUGUACACAAAAGGUUGGAUUUGAAUGUAAGAAAAAUUAGGAUUUAAUGCUAUGUGAAGAAUUUCUGUAUUGUCUUUUUUGGGGCGGGAUUUUAUUUAUUUCAAAAUAUUCAACAUAUAACAAUUGUCUUGUCACAUCAUCUGUUUCCAGAUACAUACUCCUCCUACCCCUCCUACCACUCACGUAGUAUUAUAAAAAUACAGCCUCCUCAGUUCUGUUACUUCUACUUAUUCUAAUUUCAAUAUUAGAUUUUUGUUUACAAAAUCCUUGUUCUUACUUUCAAAUACAGAAAUCAUUAGUAGAGCACCCCUGAAAUGUACUGUUUCCCCCACUAUUUGGCUUAUCCAUAAUAGAAAUUCAUUCAAGACUCUUCGUACUUUUGGGCACCUAGCUCACUUGUGCCCCACCAAAUUCCAGUCUCAUGCACAAUUUCAUUUCCUUUUUCAGUUCUGAUUUAUAUAGUUUGACACAGCAUCCAAAGUGGAUUAGCUGGACCCCAUGAAGAGAAGAAAUUUGGGCUAUGACAAAAGUGAUAUGCAAGUGCUGGGUAUGAUAACAACCAUUGUUAGGCAUUACCUCUCUACUAAUAUAUUGUUAAUUAUUACAAAUGAAAAUCAUACAAGAUCUGUUCUAUACUAAAUCUCCUCAGUUGAUCUUCUGAAUCAGUGGAAAUUACCAAAUGUCCAUCUGCCAUGUUUCUCCAUGUCUGCUGUGGUUGAGUCUAACAAUUUUAUACUGCCCAAGUACUUUUGGAAUUUUUUAUGAAAAGAAAGUAGAUGUGGCUAAAAAUGUAUAAAUGUAAGGGUGCUAGACUUGUUUUUCAGUAGUAACUCUGAUAUAAUCACAGCUUCAGGACAGGCAAUCAUACUACUGCAAUCAUCAUUUCCAAAAACUAUAGUAGCAGCCACAUUUAAGGGAUGUGAUGUUGUGUAAACUAGGUAACCACAAAGAACUGAAAACUUGAACAGUCAGCAUAGUGCACAACUGGUAUAAGGAUUACAUAGCAUCAUUUAGUACUGUUUGUUCAUAAGCAAACCAGUUAUAUCUGUUAUAUAUCCAAUAUUAUGGCAACCCAUGGUCUGGCUAGUUUUUGGGAUAUCUUGUUACUAUUGGGUAAGAGGGAGUCUUUGACCAUGGGCUGCUGAAAAGGGUCCCUAUAAUUGCUUCAUUGGCUUUGUUGUUCAUGCAGUCAGCAUUAUUCUGAUACACAGGAGAAACAUUGGAUAGGGAUUUCAGGUUCCUAUACUUUGCUUGUAUGCAAACAGUGAUAGAAACAAAAACACGCUAGCUGGAGAGCAUGUGGAAGGAGGAAGAUGUAGUGUAAAUACUCCCACAGAUACUGUUUUUUUGGAAAGCACUGAUAUUUCUUAGCCUGCCUGCUGAUUGGUUCAUGACAGUGCCAUUGGCAUGAAGAAUGAGCAACCUUUUGUUUGUGAGUUUCAUUGCUGUGGAAAUGGGGGUUGAAAUGGGAAUUCACUGUUUGGCAGAUAAGAUUAACUAUGUCAUCUGCCCAUGUUUCCAAUUAACUGAGAAGUUAGAGAUGAAGAGUUCAUUUUGGGAUAUAGAACAAAGUAGGUCUGAAGCUAUGCUCCCCAAGAGCCAGUAAAAAUACAUUACAGCUUUGUCAGCACUUCAGAUGACCUUCUAAGAGGAACACUGGAUGGAUCAUAGAUUAUUUCAUUAUUUACUCACAGCUCUCCAGAGUGUUGAAGUGGCUGUUCAGUUACUAAAUAUUGAUUAGGGUAAUAUUUUCCAAGCAAAUAAUUUUUUUGAAAAAAGCUGCCUUCUUCAAAAAUUGUGCAGCAGCCCUUCAAUUUGGUUCCAUCUCCAAAGGGCCCUCUUGCAACUGUUACUGCAAUAAAGAUGAAAUAUAGUGACAAGAAAGGAUUAACAAGGACUGGAAAAGAAGGAAUUUAUCCCACAGGAUUUUGUUCCAAUGUGCAAUAAAAAUAAAUGUAUUAAACUUUGAGUUGCAACAAGCAAUUGCAAAGAAUGAUAAUGUUCAAGGAUGCUGCAUAUUCUCCUGUUGCAUUAAUGAAUGACACUGGGGACAUGGUGUAAAUUCUUAACAGAGAAGCAGGUUUCCGGACAGAAACAAAGUACUUAAGUUGAAAUACCCACAUACAAAUCCCUGGUCCAUAUUACUCUUCCUUGCUCUAAUCCAAGGUAUUGUAGUUGUUGAACAUGAUAAUCUAAUAUUCCAAAUAGUACAGCAUUUGUUUAACACAACAGACAAGCAUUAAAAGAAACUGGGUUGAGAAUACUGUAAUUUCAGCAUGCCUUGUCUACAUAGCAGUUUGAGCCAAAGUGAUUCUGGCUUCAAACUGGCAAAUCCCAUUUACACAAUAUCCUUCAAGUCUUGCAAGUAUGUUAAUCUCUGUGAUCAUGCCCACAUUUCAAAUUAGCCUUUAACAGGCAAAGAUGCUUCAUAGCAUGUCAUUCAGAAGACUCAUGGAUUAUAGAUCUGAUUACAAGGAACUUUAUUUUGCAGAAAAGAGAGAUUUUGUGCAGCAUGCGUUGCCAAGAGACUUUUGUGUCCUGUAUCUUACAAUAUAGGUAAUUUACUCAAAGACUUUGAGUGCUAUCUUCAGAUUUCAGAAUUCAUGCCUGUUUGAUAUCUAACUACCAUUCUGAUCCAUUUUUAGCCAUUAUAAAUGAUACAACAUUAAGCCAGAUUCGGUCUCUUGGGAGGUUUCCUUAAUCUGAUUUGGUUUAUGAGAAAUUAAUCUAAUCCAUUGUAUGUUUUGGGCAAAUCAUUUAAUUUUAUAAUUUUAGCAUUUUUUCCUGUGAACUAGGGAAACAAGAGUUGCUUCCACAUUAGCCUUAUUCUCUAGUAUUGCUACCUUCAUUCACAGCCUUCUGUGGAUUAUUCAGAUGGUAUCUUCCUUUGCAUUCCAAUCUUUUGUGUAUUAUGCUAUAUUAUAGAUGGAGGACUAAUGAUUAAUAAUCUCUUAAUUAUCCCCUAAAUGGUGUCUCCUAAUUGCCCCAAUAUAUUAUAAUCCUACAACAGACUUUAAUUACCUCAAGUAAUUUAUUUUUCUUCCCUUUUUUCAAAUAGCAGAAUGCCACUGUUUUGCCAUUUUAAAAAUAAUAAAAGAAAAGAUAAAGGACAGAAAUAAUGAGUUCCUUUGUUCAUAAAAGCAGACAAUGAGAGUAGAGCCCUUAAGAGAAGCAAUCAGUAGACUAUUUAGCACUGUUCUUCCACCCAUUCCUAUUCCAUAUAUUUAUUAGAAGGCAAAGAACUGAAUUUACAAGGAGGAUAUGUGUUAUUAUUGCCAAGAGUUUUGCAGAACUUUGAACUUUGGAUCUUAUCCAUAAAAACAAUACUUGUUACUACUGUAGUGAUCUAUGAGAGAAACCUCCCACAGGAUGGUAAAACAUCUAGGUGUCCCCUCAGCAAUGUCCUUGCAGAUGGCCAAUUUUCUCACACCAUAAACAACUUGCAGUUUACUCAAGUCACUCCUGACACACACACACACACACACACACACACACAAAUGUGAUCUAUUAAGUGCUUAUGUUCAGCCUCCAUUUUUGUUGGACUUUCAUGAAUCACUAGUGAGAAAACCAUCAAAUAGUUUGUUCUUCCAUCUCUUUCAUUUCUUCUGUUGCCUUUUUAAAUAUCAACACACAUGAAUUUUUGCCAUUCUUUCAUAAAGGCCUGUCUUAUGACUACAUUAGACACAUUGAACCAAUGGAACAUAUAUUUAAUGUCGACUUACCAAGUGUGAUUCCUCUGUUUAGGACUCUCAAUUGGAUUUCAGACUAAACUUUAUAACUCCUGGUUGUGACUGAGGCCAGUAAUAGCACAUAACAGCUAGUUGUUCUCCUGUUUUACAGUAUGGGAUUUUCAAAAGAAGCAGAAAUGUACAGAAGAGGAAAGGAAUCAAUGGGGUGUACACUGGACAGUAAUAGGUUAAGGCAUUGACAAGUUGUUGCAGAUCAGAGCACUGCAACAUGGUGAGCCUAAUAAACUGAGUGGAGAUGGUGCCAAGAAAGCAAGUUAUGGAACUUAAGAUGAAAGUUGCAACUGAAUUCUUCAAAUCCUAGAUUCAUUAGAGUUUAUUUGUUUUUCUCAUAUGACAUUGACCCUCUAACAUGCAUGAAAUACAUAAAUAUAUUGAAAGACAUAGCUGUGUUAGUCUGGAGUAUCAGUAUGCAAAGGGAUCUUGUAGCACCUUAGACACUAAUUGAGAGAACAAAGUUGGUAGUGUAAGCUUUCGUAGAUUAAGUUUUUGCUUCUUGGUAGGGGGUUGGACUGGAUGGCCCUUGAGGUCUCUUCCAACUCUACUAUUCUAUGAUUCUAUGGUGAAUUUUUAUGUUAUGUGUAUUUUUGCUGUUUUAGCCGUGCACGCUGCUUUGAAUCCCACCCAUGGGAGAAAAGCGGGAUAUAAAUAAAUAAAUAAUUGAUAAGUUUACAUCUUUAGAUGCAAGCAUCUCCAUGCAUCUGAGACUUGGUCUACAAAACCAUAUUCUACCAACUUCAUUCUCUCAGUAAGUCUCUAAGAUGCUACAAGAUCCCUUUGUGGAUUAAUAUGUUGGUGAGAGAGAACACUUCAAGUCAGCUAGAUGGAACUAGGCAUUGAUGAGACUUUGCAAUCAAUAACUCUCAACUAUAUAAAGUAAUCAUAAAUUUAAAAAAAGUGACCAGCGCUUAAGUAUAUGUUUAACUUCACCCUGCAGGCAGUCCCAAUGAAACGAAUGCUUAUGCCAAUAUUUUCUUCUCUGCUUAAUGAUACGGAUAAAGCAAUCUAAAGUGUUUCACAGGAGUGCAGCUAAGUGUUAUUUUGGUAAGAGCUUUGCAAGGUAAUCAUAAUUGAAGGAAAACGGGAAAAUUCAAGGGAGAUCUUGAAUUAUUACUGCUUCACCUAGCACACAUAUGCAAUAGAUCAGAGUUAGGAAAUUUAAUUUUUGGUCUGUAUUGCCAGUGGUCAUGCUGGCUGGGAGAUUCUGGAAGUUGUAGUCCAAAAAAGUAAACUGUUUAAGCUUUGCCACAGAAUGAUGAUGAUGAUGUAGUCCUAUCUGAACGCCUCCUGAGAUUAUUUUGAAUUGUACACUGAAUUGUCCACAGUGUACUUCUUAAGCAAAAGAGAACAUCUUUGCAUUCGCUUCCCACUGACUACAUACUUAACUGACAGUAUUUGGUUAGUAAAAUUAACAUUGCUUCCAAAAUAUAUGUCCAGGGCAUUUAGUACUGGUAAAAAGAGGAAGAGAUAUACUUUUCCUUCUUGUACUAUAGUCCUUCUCAUGUUAUCUGUCAUCUAGAUGAAAGGGCAUUGCUAGGGGAACUGUAGCAAAAAGUGGAGAAGACUGACUUACUGAAGAUGGAGACAGAGACAGUUGUCUCUGGUAGAAGAAAAACUAUUGGAUGUUUUACAGCUGCUUCAGGAACCUCAGGACUUGGUAUGGCAAGGGAAAGAAGUAUCAGAAAGCAGCGAGUUUUGAUACUACCCCCUCCAGAUGGACGGACAACUAUAAGGUCUCAAUUAAGUAAACCAUAUCUGGUGUUCAGUUGGGUUUAUUGCAGCAAAGCCUGGAUGUCAGUUGCUAUUUUGGGAGGGUGAACCAAAACAUCCAGAUUAAUAACUUCCCACCGGGAUAUUCAGGCUUUGUCUUCUUCUAAAAUGUUUAGCACUAGAAGUUUUAGAUUAGUUUAAAGCAGUGGUUCUUAACCAUUGGUACGUCACAUUGUUUUGAUUUUCCAAAGUUUCAGUCAGUAUUCAAGUAUGUAGGAAUCCUGAAAGUCUCACACAUCUGGGAAACAAAGGCUGAGAAUCACUAGUCUAAGUAAAUGGCAGCCUGUUCCUUAGUUCAGAGGACUUGAUGUCAAGCCUAUAUGCCUUUGUCUUGUGUGCAGAAUCUCUGCCUAAGUCCUGGGACAAAGUCACUGCUUCAGAACUAACCUCUGCUAUGAACUUACUAGAUGGCCCUGGGCAGCUCUAUCGUUCGCUCAGUCUCAGUGUCCCCAUCUGAAACAUAGACUGUAACUUUACCUUACCGAAUUGUGGUAUGAUAAUGGUGGAAAACAUUAUACAAAUAUUCAAAUGGAUAUCAAGACAGAUAGACAAUGAGUAUUCCAAUCUGGGUCACUAGGUGUUCACUGAAAUUGAAAAAUGUAUUUAAAGGGAAAAGAGCCUCAGGGGGAAGAGUCUUAGCCUUUUACUUCUUACUCUGUGCUCUCCUAGAGGCUAUUAUUCCAGCUAGUACAAACACAUGUGGAAAUAAAAUGGAUGUAUGUAGAAAAAAUGGUUCCCUUAAUGAAUCUUUAAAUAAAUGCCUAAAACAUUGCAACAUAAUAAGCAUCCUCAGCAAUACAAUGGUCGUCAAUAUUGUCUUUAGAAAAACAGGUAUCUAAAUUCCAGUUAGAGUAGAUCCAUUAGAUUAAUGGAAUUGUAAAAGGACUAAGGCAGCAAAUCUGGCCUGAUCUUGAAAGAUAAGCAAGGUGAGCCCUUGUUAAUACUUGAAUGGGAGAUGGCCAACAAAUCCCAGGUAUUUUGCUUAAACACAAGACCAGUUACACACUCAAUAUAUAAAACAGAUAAAAUACAUAAAGUAAUACAAUAACACAUAUUAAUAGCUCAAAUCAUCUCACAACCUUUGAGGAUGCCUGCCAUAGAUGUGGGCAAAACGUCAGGAGAGUAUACUCCUGGAACAUGGCCAUACAGCCCGGAAAACAUACAACAACCCAUAUUAAUAGCAUUUAAAAGCAGCAAUUUCAAAUUCACAUGUUUGUUUUUAAACACAUAUAUUGUACUCAACAGCCAUGAAAAGGAAGCUUUCAGUAAGAGAAAAUUAAGGUAAAAUACACAUUUUAAAACAUGUUUAAAAAUAUAGAUCUAUAAAACACUGAACAUUAGGUCCUCCCACUCUGGAAAAAUACUUUCACCAACGAACUAGGUGGCAUAUGCUGGAAAACUUUUUCACAGUGUGGUGCCACUAAUACGAAAGCCCUGCUGUAUGCACUCAAAGUUUGAAUUGUUCUUAAAAGAAGGUACAGUUUAAGAACUCAUCUGCUUUGGAUUUCUGCAUGGCAGGGGUUGGACUAGGUGCCCCUUGCAGUCCCUUCCAUAUGGUUCUAUGAUUCCAAGCAUUUAAAUGUUUAUGUAUUUGCUUCUUAGUAAGGAGGGGGUUACAGGGUCUGAGAAACAAGCUAUAAUAUGUUUUGAAAACCAAAUGGAUAUUCAAAUCUAGCUGCACUGGAUGUAGGACUUAAUUCCUUUUUUGUUUCUAAACACGUUGUUUACAUGGAUAUAUUUGAGGAUUUCUCUUUUAUGCUUAACACAUGCUUGAAGUCAGCUGAUGAUCUGGAGGAAGAAGAGUGGGAAACUAACAUUUAAGUUAUUAAGUUAACUCACUCACUUUCCAGCUUAGCAAGGCCUUUGUGUUCUCAAGGAGAGCAGCAUUGCUUGCUCUUGGGAUCAAUAACAAUCCCAUGAGGGAUAUGCUGUUAAAGUGCUGUGACGGAUUAUGAUAGGCGGAAAGUAUUGCUGCACUCUGUGUCAAGAUUGCGACCUGUCCCUCACUGACCAGCAAUUCUAUUAGAAAUCAUCCCAGCUCAGCAGAUGAUCCAUCAAAUUGUGUGUUGCCUCAUUGUGGAAACAGCACUAUGAGUCUUGUACAUUGUCAUAUAUCAUAGCUUUCAAGAUUGGUGAUAAAGUCUGCUAAUGAAUACAGUAACUUACAGCACCCUUUGAAAGAUGUUAAGGAUGCUCCGUAUAUUGAUGGUCUUGGGACUCUGUGGCAAUAAGAGUCAAAAGAUCUUGGGGAAAAUAAGUUUUCUACAUGGAACUGAAUGGAACUUUGAUAAGCAUGAGAAAUAUCAGCUGCCUGUUUAGUUUUCACUCAUAGAUAGAAACAUGUUAACAUAAGAGGGCCUAAGAAAUCUUACCCUGGCUAUCUAAGCUAAUUUUGAAUGACUUCUGCAUUCCUCACAGUAUCCAGUUCUUGAUUCUUCAUUUAGGAUAGUUGCUCCUCCCCAUGACUUAUGCAUUUCUUUCAUUCUGUCCUCUCUUAUCUUGGUCUCUGACAAAUUUGUCAAUUUGUUAGGAGCUCUCCACAUGUGGCCCUCCAGAAGUUGUUUGGAUGCAGCUUCCCUCAGUAUUAUCUAGCAUAAGCAACAGUGUAGGUAUAAGGUAGAUCGAAGAAGAGGGACUCAUCUUGUGCUAGAUGGGGUUGCGUUUCCCCAGAAGAUGCCGUUUUCCAGUAUGGGUGUACUCCUGGACUCAGUCGUGAGCCUGUGGGGCAGCUUUCAGUGAUGACCAGGAGCGCUUUUGCAUACUUAAAAGCUAGUGAGCCAGCAGCACCCAUUCUUGGUGACAUCUAGUCUGGCCACGAUGACACGUGACUUAGCUACCUUUCCAUUUGGAAUACAGUAACAUGCACUACAUGGAACUGCCUUUGCAUAGUGUUUUAAAAAUUCAGUUGUUAUACAGAACAACAUCCAGGAUGUAACUUGGCCUGGUUACAAGGACCAUGCAACUUCCUGAUUACAAAACUUCCAUUGGCUGCUAGUCUGUUUCCAGGCACAAUUCCAAGUGCUGAUAUGUAAAGCUCUAUAUGACUUGGGUCCAAACUAUCUGGCAGACCCUAUUUCCCCAUACAAAGCUGGCUGAGCCCUGAGUUCCUCAGGAGAGGCUCUUCUCUCAGCCCCGCAACCUUCAUGAGUGUGGUGGAUGUGGCCUUUCUCAGUGACUGCCUUUAGGCUCUGUAACCCGUCCUCAGCAGGACAAAAUUGCACACUUCUUGCUGUCCUUCUGCCAGCUAGGGAAACCGGUUUUGCUCUGACAGGCUUUUGGAAGUGAAAGUUUUAAACAAAGGGCUUGUAAAAUGCUGUCAUGUUUUAAUUUGAUGUUUUAAAUUGUUAUGAAUUUAAUUAUUUAUUUUAAUCGGUAAGCUGCCUUUAGUCCCAGUUUUGUGGGGGAAUUCAGAGUAUAAAUGAAAAGCAUUAAUAAUGAGAACUGAUGGGAAUUGCAAUCUAACAACAUCUGGAAAACCAUGCAGGCUUCAUCUGUGCUGUAUAGAUCUAGGCUUGCCCGUUUCUACUAUAGAAUCCUCAUAGCUACUUAUGCCUGAAGCGCCAAGUCUCUAUCAAACUAGUUGGCUUAAUGCACAAUAGUUAAACAUGGAUAAUUCAAGAUCUUGUCUGCUCUAAAAUCACAUUUGCACUACAGUGUCCCAACUUACCAAACUAGUGGUUUGAGAUACACAUGAUUCCAAUAUGUAAAUUGUACUAAUGCAUGGGCAUAAAGGCAAUCAUUUGCCCUUUCUUCCCAACUGUGUGUAGAAACAACAAAGUUCAUCAUGCCUAGUUGAAUUUCUAGGGCCAUUUAUGGUACUUACAUUUUUUCUACCCAAUAUGUAAGGCCGUGCCUUAAUGCAUGGAAAGCAUUUACAGUAGAGUCUCACUUAUCCAACAUAAACGGGCUGGCAGAAUGUUGGAUAAGCGAAUAUAUUGGAUAAUAAGGAGGAAUUAAGGAAAAGCCUAUUAAAAAUCAAAUUAGGUUAUGAUUUUACAAAUUAAGCACCAAAACAUCAUGUUAUACAACAAAUUUGACAGAAAAAGUAGUUCAAUACGCAGUAAUGCUAUGUAGCAAUUACUGUAUUUACGAAUUUAGCACCAAAAUAUCAUGAUGUACUGAAAACAAAAAUGCGUUGGAUAAUCCAGAACGUUGGAUAAGCGAGUGUUGGAUAAGUGAGACUCUACUGUAUAUUGAAAGGGUCAGUAACAUAUAACCAGGAUCAGGACUUUUAUUGUAUAAAUCAGGAAUGGAAAAUUUAUUGCCUUCCAGAUAUUGAACUGCAACACCCAUUAUGCCUCACUAUUGGCUAUGAAGGCAAGACCUGGUGAUACCUAUUGUUCAACAGUAUCUGAAAGACCAGAACAUUUCCCCACAUCUAUUGUAGGGACACAUUGUGUUCUUCACCCACAUAUAUUCUAUCCUUUUCUGUUAUAUAACUUUAGAAAACUGAUUUUUGAUUGACCUCCUAAUGACCUUUCCCCAUCUUCUGUUUACUUUCUCCAGUAGAUAGGUAUGCAUCCAAGUCUGUAUUCACAUCAUUGUGUAGAUACUACUUUUUGAAACAAGAUGAGAUUUUUGAAAUAGAGACUUGUAUUCAUCUUUUGAUCAAAAUAUUUUAGAAAAGAUGUAAAAAGAGAAAAGAAUUAUUGAUCGGAUUUCUUUGAUCAAAGGAAACAGCAAGACGUGCAGAAGAAACAGUAUUGUGGGUUUUCUUUUAGUGUAGGGAGAAAUUAUCAAUGCACUUCACUCUAUGCCAGUAUUGAAGUUAAAUGUUUCAUAAUAUUAUUUUGUGUUUUAAAGAACAUAUUUAAGUGUGCCUUGGGGAAAACCCUUUGGAAUCCUGCUGUGACACACAAUAUGAUAGGAAAGCAAAAACAAAAGAUUAGUGCUAGGAGUCCAUAGGAGGCAUCCCAAAACAAUAAUUUCAGUCUAGAGACUUUCUUUCCACAACAUUUCAUCAUUGCUCAGAAAUGAUAUGGGUUCAAGGAAAAAUCUUUACCAUAUAAUUGUGCCCAAAGUAUGGUUAAUAUAGUUUCUACUUGCAAAUAACCAGGUCAAAUGGCACCUUUCAAUCCUGACUCUGCAUUGCCUGAAAAAUUCCAUCCAUUUCUACUUACUCUUUUUUCCUGUGGGUUUCUAUAGGAAUACAGUUUUUGUACUAGAGCCUCCACUACCUAAAGUAUUCAAUUGGUGUAAAGGAAAUAAUACAUAGAAAAGCUGCACCCUUUAGUGAAGGAAGUAGGUCACAUAUCCUUUGUAAUAACCUUUCAUGUUUAUACAAAACCUACAUUUGCAGAGUCCUCUCCCUAGGCAAUAGCCCGCUGUGCAGAAGCUGUUGUCACAUGAACCUUCAUGAUCUGAAGACUUUGAUUUGAUUACUUUGUUCCUAAUUGUAAAGCUUUUGUGUCUGAUGUCUUCAGGGGAAAUUGAUGUAUUAUAGCUUAUCAGUUUGUGUGGGAAGACAGGGUUUUACAUAGGCAAAAAUGACUUGAAAACAAUACGAUGUUCUGGAAGAUCUAAAGCUAAUCAGAUGGUUUGAAGCACAGAGUGUUUCGAGUUUCCAUUAUCUCUUCUUUCUUUGUAAAAAAAAACUUGUACAGAUGUUGGACAUCUGGACACUGGCAGCUCAGGGCCCAAUUUUUGACUGUUUCAACAGGAGAAAGGAAAAACAAAAGGUAUUAAUUUCCUUGAACUAUGAAGUUCCAGAAUAUUUUAUUUAUGGAAACGGAAGAGGAAGAGGUUGUUACAAUUACAACAGAAGUGCCUAGAUAAAGUGCCAUUUCUUUGGCACAAGUAACUCUGCUCAUGCAUACUAAUGAACAUUUGUAUAGACAUUCUAGAGAGUGCACCAAGAAUACAAUUUCCAACAGGCAGUCCUUCUGGUGCUAUUGUUUGUCUGUUUUAUUCCCACCAAAUGUCCAAAAACAGUAUAUAAUAUUGAAUGAAACAUUUUUAAAAAUGUAUUAAAACCAAUUUUAAAAUCAGUUUUAAGGAAGAAAAUACAGAAUAAUAUACAUCUGGUUGCCUAAAGGGUGGAACCCACAUGGUUUCUUUUGAGAAGGAGUUCCCCAGUUAAACUGCAGCUAAAGAGGAUACCCCAUCUCAUGUUCUCUCUAACCGAAACUUCAGAAGUGCUGGGACUAACAUCAAAGCUGAGACUCCAUGCCGCUCACACGGAAGGAAACUGUAUUUCCGUUAUCCUGGGUCCGGACAUUUAAGACUUUGUAUGUCAGACUGAACAUCUUGAAUCAAACGUUGAAAUAAAUGGGAAGGCAGUACAGUUGAUUUAGGACUAGUAGCAUAUGGUUCUUAAAUCACAUUCCAGACAAUAGCCUGGCUGUCAUGUUUUACAUUAGCUUACAGCUUCCAAACACAUUUCAAGAACAGCCACAUAUGAUGUCCAUUACAGUUGUUCAACUCAGAGGUAAUUAAGACAUGAAUUAUGGUAUCCAAAUCCAUAUUCCCUAGGAAGAGGUGUAGUUUGUACAGCUUUGAAUGAGAGAUCUUAAUCGGGGCUCAAGUGGGAAAAGCGAGGGUGAAAUUCAUAGAGGGAGGAGGGGACUACACUAUCCUAUGAUGGUUGUGACUAAUUAUACGAAGGGGUAUGACACUUGAAGUGAUGGAUUUAACAUCUUACUGAAUUUUGCCCUUUUUAGCAUCAUGUUGUAUAUGACCUUUUUUGAAUUGAAACAGUUGUGACUAAUUCCACUUCAACAUGACAAAAACAAAUCUAGGUUAACUGUCAUGAGUAUACUAAAUGGUAGAAGUUUGCCUUAUUAAAAAUAGGUGGAGAAUUAAAUUAUUCAAAUCGUGCUUGAAUACUGUAAUAUUGUUCUGUAAUUCUUUGUACAUUUAAUUGGGAGUAAGACCAGGGUUCGAUUUCCUACUCAGCCAUGGAAACCCACUGAGUGACCUUGGUUGAGUUUCUCAUUCUCAGCCCCAGAACACCCUGUAAUGGGUUUGCACUACGGUUGUCAACAAUGACUUGAAGGCACACAAUAAUACACAACUGAACUCCAUAUAAUUUAUUGCUGAUACUACACAAAUUAGCAGCACUCAUCUCUAACCCACUUUCAUUUUGUGCUAGAUAUUUAUCUUAAUAUUAUGGUAUAAUAUUAAAGAAAAUACUAGGUUGUUUGUUAUUCAAAAUCCAAUAUAGAUAUAUGUUUUACAUUUGAUUUAUAUGGGCUUAAGUGUACAUAUAAAUCUUAUAUUUGUGUGUGUGGUGUUUUAGUUUAUAUUUGUAUAACCAAAAAUGGCUGUCUAGAAGCAAGGUCCCAAAUGCUUUGAAAACGUUUAUGGAAUUUUACAAAUUCCACUGAACAUAAUUGGUUCCUGGGCAAGAAAAUGCACAGCAUUCAGGCAACAAACAUUUGGAAUCAUGCUUUGUGAGGUUGAGGAUGAAAAACUGUUUGGGUAGCUGCUCUUAUAUCUAUACUCCUUAUGUCAAAUUUAAAUGACAGCUCUACUGCUUGUAAUGUAGUUCAGGUAGUAUACUGCUUCCUUGACUUUUCCAUUAAAAAGUUUUAUUUAUGCCCAAA